GUGUCACUCAACCACGGUGGAGACUUCAUAUCACUACACACACCUCACUCUGCACCAGGAGACUAUUUCAGAGAACAGCUGCCCAGGGAUUUGACGUGCAGGACUUUCCGAUGAUCAACCAUGGAUGAGGACGACAGCCAAGAUGAUUUGAUCAAUCAAAACGCGUCCAGCAGCAAAGGGAGACAUGCUGCAUUGUGGGCCAUCUCAGAUGACUCGGAUGAAGAGGAGUCUGAAGAUGGAGAAUCUGACAGUGGUGAUGAGGAGAAUCACCACCCUGAUGGAGAGGAGGAGGAGGAGGAUGAUGAUGAUGAUGAGGAGGAGGAAGAAGAAGAAGAAGGGAAUGAGGAGGAGGGAGAUGAAGAGGACGAAGAUAUUAAGGCAGAGGAUGGCGCUCUAGGAGGAACCUGUGUUGACCUGGCAGAGACGAGCUCAGAUGAGGACGCAGAUAAAUGUCCCAUCUGCCUUAACUCGUUCAGCAGCCAACCUGUGGCGACACCAGAGAGCUGUGAGCACUACUUCUGCCUGGACUGCAUCCUUGAAUGGACCAAGAACGCAAACUCCUGUCCUGUUGACCGUCUCACCUUCAAUAACAUAUACCUAAGAAAAUGCUUUGGAGGCAAAGUGAAGAAAAUUAUCACAGUGCAAAAGCCUGUGAAGGAAGGUGUAGAAGAAACGGUCGAUGUGGAUCUGGAGCAGACCAAUUGUGAGGUGUGUGGGGGCAGUGACCGCGAGGACCGCCUAUUGCUCUGUGAUGGUUGCGAUGCUGGGUAUCACAUGGAGUGUCUCACACCACCUCUGGCCUCUGUACCUGUAGAAGAAUGGUUCUGUCCUGAAUGUGAAGCCAACAAUCGUCACACAAGGGAUUCAGUUGUGGAAGUUAGUGAUACAGAAAGCCUGCCCUCUACCGCCCAGCCUGCCACCAGCCGCCACCAUCCCCGCGCCGCAGGUCCCACCAGAGCGAUCGCCAGAACCCAGCAGAGCGAGAGGGUUCGAGCCAGUGUCAACCGAUAUCGCAUCACACAGGCACGCACGUCACAGUUGGCUCCCACAUAUCUUAUUCAGUCCACAUGGCUGGAUGACACGAUAAAUGCUGUGGUGGCUGGGCUCAACACGGCUGUGUAUAUACGGGACUUAACACCUCGUGCUCCACCAACACACAGGCGCAGGACUGUAAAGCGUAGAAAGGUCGGCAGCAAGAGGACGUCUUCUGCGAAGGGUAAAGGUGCAACUACAGGAUUCAGGAGGAAAAAAAGGAGAGGGAGGAGAUCAAGAAAAACGGGGAAAAAGACGGCCACUCCCCGAAGCCGUAUUGCCAAUAAUCUUGGAAUUGUAAAGACCAAGAAGGGCACUGCGGUUCCUACAGUCUACCAACCCUCAGAGCACACACUAAGCAAUAUGCGUGCUGACAUAGGUGCUGCAUCCCUCUCCAUCUAUGGAGAUCCAUUUGGCCUGGAUCCAUUCACAGAACGUGAGGAAGAGCAGCAGCAGCAGCAGCACGCCCACGUUUCAUCACUGCUUGAGGCCAAGAGACGAGGAAUCUCUCGCUCUGCUCUUCGCUCUCACCAGCCUGUAGCUCGACCAAUCAGUGCCAGCCUUUCCAGGAGAGCAGUGGAUGUCCCCCAAUCAGGGGGUGUCGUGGAGGCGGCUCCCGUGCCUGACCUGCUUGGCAGUAUACUUACAGGACAGAGCAUGCUCAUGAUGGACAGCGCUGACGUUGUGAUUCGUAGAGAUGGUUCCCUAAAAGCUACCAAGCCAAUUAUGCCAUCCACAGUACAGCCAGGUAGCAGCAGCUCAGGAGAUGUGACCAUCAACCCCGGGAUGUCGCCGAUCCAAGGAGACAUUUCUCCGUCUCCCCACGUUAACGGACACCUACCAGGAUCCUCCCACAGCUCUAUAAACAGACCUUUGUCCACGACCUCUGUUCGCUCACCCUUGUGUACGCCCCACUCAGCCAUCCACACCCAACCCCCUCCCUAUUCGGAUUUGCCACCUAGAGGUCAUCCAGGUUUGCAGCCACCUCGUCCAAACAGACACGCCCCCUCUCCUGGCCACCGGGGAGCAAAUGAUGGUAGAGCCUCCAGGGAAACCUCCUCCUCGUCCAGCCACACUGCACCCGGCUCAAACUUCAAGGGAACGAUUCCAUCACAGUCCCAACCUAAAAAAGCAGCUGCAAAGCCAGCGUGGGUCGACGUAGCGGUGCUUCCUCGGAUACCAAAAAUAAAAAGGGAGAGUAGUGGUGAGACAAAUGAUGGCAGUAGUCAAUGCGGCAGUAAUAGAAUCAGUAGUACUAACGGGAGUAGCAGCAGUAAUGGUUACGGCAUGCCUGAAAUGGGCAUGAACAGCCUCGCUGGGGACAAGAGCAGGCAGCAAAGUGUAGAUCAGCAGAAGGGCAGGGUUGAUGGUCAGGGCCAGAGGCACAGGUCUGACGGAGCGGGGUCAUCAACAGCCUUCUCCAACUCAUUUUCCUCCUCUUCCUCCUCCACUGGUUUGCCCACCAGCCAGUCACGGAAUCCUUCAGCCUCCUCCUCUUCGUCGUCAGUGAGCUUCCGCAUUAGUGGGAACUCUUGGCAAUCGAGGCGGCUAAGCGUCACAACACCCUCUACUAGUGGAGGCAGCAUGAAAGAACACCGGAGAGAAAAGGAAGAUGAAACCAAGAGGAGACAGUUGCGCAGGGAUAAGCAGAUGCUACUUGCAUCGCAUACGCUGGUUAACGAUGAACAAGACAGUACUAAUAUCUAUGAUCCCUUUAAUCCCACUCUGUCAGACUCAGGCAGCUCAGACAGUGAAGCUGAGAGCUCAAGGCAGGAUAAGAGCUCCCUACAUGCCACACAUGAGUUCAAGGCUCCCAGUUUAAGAAGAAAGGAGGAUGUAAUGCCAAAUAAGCAGUACCGGGCUCGUGUGAAAACUGAAGAAGAGGAGACUGAGGUCUCACAGGAGGAGCUGAGGAGAGAUGAUGCUCUGGAAACCACAUCACAGGAGGCCGGAUGCUCACAGGAAUACGUCAAGGUGGAAAAAGAAUCAAGAUUAGUAGACAUUAAGGUGGAGAAACAAACAUCAUUACUUGACACCAAAGUUAAGAGAGAGCCAGGGCUAGAUGAUGAGGGGGAAGCAGAAAGGAGUCACAGUGUAACAAUGGAUUUAAAUUCAGACACAGCUGACAUCCCAGUACCUGCUCAUCGUAGCUUCGAUCUUUUAAAGACUGAGAAAGAGAUUGUGAAAGAGGAGAGUGAAGGAUCUCGACGUGGUGCUUUCCCUAACUGUAGGAAGGAUUCAUCAGCAUCCAGCUCGGCUCCUACCAAGAAGAAACUGACUGAAUCCACAUCUUGUUCCAAGUCCCCAUCAAGAGAUCUGGGCCAUAAGAGGAAAACCUCCAAAGCUCCAAAAGAGUCUCAGUCUAGCAGCUCAGAGACGGACAAAGGCAGGAGAGGAGACCAUCAUGCCUCUGGCCAAGGAGGCAGGCAGAAAGAAAAGGAGAAGGAUAUAGAAAGGAGUUCGAGGAGGUCAAGGUCCAGAGAGAGAAGAAGAGCACGCUCAACCUCACAAAGCUCUCAGUCCAACUCCCCUGAUAAGAGCAGCAGAAAGAAACGGCGAUCCCGGUCGCAUUCCAAAGACAGGCAGCGAUCUAGGUCUGUUUCCAGCUCGAGUAGCAGAGAGCGUUCAAGGAGGAAGAAGCAAAAGAGCAAGGGAAAAAUUGUGGACAGAGAAGUAGACCACAAGAGAGGACAUGUUUCAAAGGACAAGAGACCCGGUCGGUCACGGUCCAAGUCGCGUUCCAGAUCUAGAUCCUUAUCAAGAUUGAAGGACGAAAGACGGGGCUUGUCUCGUUCAAAAUCGCGCUCAAGAUCCAGGGAAAGGAGGAAAGAUCCUACAAGACAGCAACAACCAUCUCAAUCCUCAAGAGACAAAGUGGGGUCACGAUCCAAAGACAAAAGGAGACCCAGGUCUAGAUCGAGCUCAAAAGAGAGAAUGACAGACGAAGGAUCGAGCUCAAAACAGAGGAAGAAAGUAGAAGGCUCAUCAUCCAAGAAUUCACAGAAGAAAUCGGGGUCCUCUGUCUCAUCCUCUAAAAACAAGAAGCAGAUACAAGACAAGAGAAAAGAGAAGGAUGUCAUUCAAAAUUCGCUCAAAGAGGAGAAAAAAACAAAAAGGAGUAAAAAGGAGUUCCCCUCCUCGAUUUCCACAUCUGAAGUUAAAAAGGAAGUCAAAGACCUCAGGGCAGACAGCGAAGCCCCAACCGCGGAAAUGACAAAAGAAGUAAUGGUUGUGAAAGAAAUUAAGAAAGAAAAACGAUCUCUAUCUCUUGAUAUGUUUGAAGAUGCUCCUCUCGCCAAAUCAAUUAAGAAAGAAGAAAUCGACUCUUGGUCUUUGUCAGAAACCAAAGACAUAAAAAAGGAAGGGAUGGAAGAAGACCUCAGCCAGACUCCUAUGUGUGGAAUAAAGACUGAGACUCGUCAAAUCACAAUUAAAUCAGAGCCAAGUUCCCCUAAAGUGUGCCACCUCGCCUCAUUUUCUACAUUGACAGCACCUGUCACAGAAGACGCUCACCAGGGUGCAGCCUCUCCUGAGUUAAUGACCUCAGAGGAACAACCAAACGCUGCAGGGCCGACUCUCUCUGUGAAGCAGGAAGUUCUGCAACCCUCUGACUCUGAUGACGACUUCAAUGUCGACGUGAUGCUUGACAACCUGGACUUUGUGAAGUCCGAGCGCACAGAGGGAGGCGACGGUGUUGUCAAAGAGGAGAAGGAAGACGAGGAGGGGAAGAAAGAGGGAGAGCAGGUAGCUGCUGUGGUUGGAGCCAAAUCUAAGGCUCCAGUGAAGAGGGUCACCUGGAACAUACAGGAGCCUGAGGGGCCCCAACCAGAGAAAUCUGCAAGCAAGUUGGCUCUUUAUAAAUUGAAGCUGAAGCAGGAAGGAGCUCGAAGACCGUCCUCCACGGUCCAGAAAUCCAGUCAGGACGUCACCGGUGAGUCCUCCAAAAAAGGUGCCGGCGCUCCGCUUGGAACUUCCUCUAGAUCUGGUGGCCUAAAUCCAGUGGGACUAUCAGUGACUGGACAAGAGGACGAAGAGGAAGGAGACGUGUCGAGGAAAGAUAAGUAUUUGAAAAAGUUGCACAUGCAGGAGAGAGCUAUCGAGGAGGUGAAGCUCGCUAUCAAACCUUUCUACCAGAACAGAGACAUCAACAAGGAUGAGUACAAAGACAUUGUACGCAAAGCAGUCCAGAAGGUGUGCCACAGCAAGAGCGGUGAGAUCAACCCAGUAAAGGUGGGCAAUCUGGUGAAGGCGUACGUGGACAAAUACAAACAUGCUAGGAAACAUAGGAAAGGAGAGGACUCAGGGCAGGAGCCACAGAUCUCCGACAGCCCCUGAGGAGUCGUGAACUACAGGCAAGAGCAGCUGCACCCGCCACAAUCAUGUUGUUCUACAUUUAGUGAUAACGGGUUGACUUUAGAGUCCCUCACAGCUUCAAGAUGGAACAGUGAAAUCUCGAACUCUGACUCAAACCACCCAUGGGUCUCCUCCUCUUGGACUGUCACUGCCAUGAGCUAGACAGUUUAGGUUCUUGCAGCUCAGAAAGUUAAUGGGAGUCUCUGGGGUUGUGCCUUAAAGAGGCAAAUCACAAAGGACCCUCUCAUGGACUGAUAAUUCAGGUUGCAUAUCACUGGAAGGGUGCAGUUUAGACUUUGAGGUUUUUAUGGUGACAACAGGGGUAUUCAUCUUUUUUGUUUGUUUGUUAAGAAAUGACUUCAAAGUAUGCAGUGAAUGCAUAUUUCAAGGUUUUUGUCACAUCAAGGAGAGACACUUAUGCAAUUUUUGUAUAAAAUUUCAGUAGAGAAAUGACACACUUUUAGAUUUGGUUGUAAAUAAUAUAGAUUUGAUAUAUCCUUGUAUGUUCCUUACAUCUGUGUUGCCUGCUCCGAAUGACUGGACAUAACUGGUUCUAGUUUCUAGAUCUGAUUGUGUUUUUUUUUUGUAAUGUAUUUAAAAGCCUCUGUUUCCCUGUCUUCCACUUCUCAAAUAUCCUUGUUGAUGUAGUAUGUGCACUACAGGGGAAUUCUUCCUCAGUGAUUUGAAAUGAACAAUGGAGUCACUCUUCUAAAAAAAAAAAAAUUGAUUUCUUACGCCCUGAAAAACUGAAUGACCUCGUUUUCAACCCCUUGACUAAAAUGUUGAGAAUUUGGGAUUCUUUUAUUUCUUUUGUGCCUAAUGAGUUAAAGUAGUGUGACAACAAUUUUACCAUUUCCCUGAAUAGGUAGAAUUUUAUUUGUUUUGGGGCAUUCUGUUUUAAAGUCUGCAAUGCUUAGUAAUGUAGGUUUAACUUUAAAGUAAAAAAAAGGAUUAUAAUACAAACUAUAUGCCUCCAAAAUUUCAAUGUUUAGAUUUCGUCAAACCGGUAGCUCUCAUCUCCACAAACGUGUUAACAACAUUAAAUUUCUUUGUUUCUUUU